AUGCGCGCUAUGCCCAUCAUCCGCAGUAGGACUGGCUGCUUCACAUGCCGCCGCCGCAAGAAGAAGUGCAACGAGGAGAAGCCUCUGUGCAGCGGCUGUCGACGCAACCACCUCGAGUGUACCUGGCCGACCGAGAACAACACCACCCUGCAGACGCGCGGCAAGAAUGCUUCCUCGACGGCUGUCUCGAAACCGCCGGCAAAUAAACAACGAGCCGGCUCUCUCACGGACAAGGCUGUCGAUACCACCGUCGCCCACGAUUCGACAUUUAGGGACCGCGCGCAUUCGCACUCCUCCUCUGGAAGCAGUCAUGACAUCCCCGACAUUGACAUGACCGCUUCCGACACGGGCGACGCCGAGCUUGCUCGCGACACUUCGCCCAUCAUGCCCGUGUCGCCCGUCGCCUCCCACGCCGACAUCUUUCCGGACUCGCAGGCUCUCACCAUCUCCUCUAUGACCCUCGACGCCGACCCCUCGUUACUCGCCCUCUCUCCGCUCUCCUUGCUCCCUAAUCACGGCCGCGAAUCAUCCGACCUGCUCAGCUACUAUCUCACCCGCACCGCCAACAGCAUGGGCAACGGCUCCACCGACGUCAAUCCCUUCAUCGCCAAGCUCGUCCCGCUAGCCUUUGCCAACCCGCUUGUCCUACAGCUGCUCCUCGCCCAGAGCGCGUCCCAUCGCCAAUCUGCCGAGGCCGGCGCCCUCGGCACCGAGGUGGCGCAUCACUACUACACUGACUCGCUGCGCAUGUUCCGCAACGUCGUCGGCGAGUACGUCGCGGGAAAAGAGGAGAACACGCUGGCGUUGACGGUGGGCAGCUUGAUUCUCUCCCUGACGGAGGUGGCAAGGGGCGAUGUUCAUGGCACCAUCUUUGACCACCUGCGCGCAUCCGAGUCCAUGCUCAACCUGCUGCUCUCGCGGCCUCAGUCGGAGAUUCCCGACGACCUGCCCGAUUUUCUCGUCGAGUUUGCCAUUCACAUGACCGUCACCAGCAUCAUGUCCACCGACCCCAAGCGCGCACCUCCAGAGCUGAGUCCUACGAUCGAAGGUCUUGCCCGCGGCUUGAUCUCCAAGGGCUACGUCGGCCAGCUGUCUGGCUGCUGGCUUGAGCUGCUGUUGCUCAUUCCCCAGGUCUAUCAUCUCGGCCACCGCAUCAUUGCCAGCCGCGCCGACGGCAAGUUGUCGCCACAGCCUGAUGACAUCAUCACAUUUGGCAUGCUGCAGUCGCAGAUCAUGGCAUUCUUCCCUGACUUGGCGGUCAACCCAUAUUCGCGAUUAGCCGGUCUCGUCUUCAAGCAAGGUGUGCUUCUCUACCUGUGGAGUAUUCUCGGCACACCGCAUCAAGGGCACGGCAACACAGCUCACGUGAACCUCAUGGCCGGCGCCGUUGCUGAGUCCCUGUCUCUACUGGGCCAGUUCCCAGCCACACUGCGCAUCAACACCAGUCUGUGCUGGCCGCUGAUUGUCAUUGGCUGUUGCACGACCGAUGUCGAUGUGCAGCAGAUCCUGCGAGAGCGACUACAAGCCAUGCACGGUACUAUAGGUCUAGGGAACAUGAAGGAGACUCUGAUCCUGCUGGAGCACAUCUGGACGAAGCCUGCGGAUGAUGUGAGUCCGUGGAAGCUGUCUGAGGUGAUGCAAGAACGCCAAGUGUGGAUAUCGUUUGCGUGA